AUGGGAGGAAUGGAAUACUGGGGUUUAUUACCCGCCAGUGGAGGCAAUGAGGAGGGCCAAGUGGAUGUUGGAGGGACCUGCAUUGCGCUAAUCCUCUUUUACAGACACUGGCCCCUGGCUGCUGGCUCCGGCCUCCUCUUGGCACCCUCUCGACCCUCCACUUCUCAACCCUCCAAUAGCCCCCCCUCUCCUCCUCGAGACAACGACAACCUGAAGCACUCCUGGACCUGGAUCGCUGUAGGCCAGCCCUGGCUCACGACAUUCACUGCACGAUCCGUCAGUGCCAAUACGAAGACCGAGACCAAUGAAUUGUCCAGUGAAUCAGCCCAGGGACAGAGAAGAACCAGACUCCUCGAGCACAGCCCAGUAACGCUCUACUCGACGAGCUCCCUCCUCCCAAACCUGGAACGGCCACGAUACACCAGCACACAACGCCACUCUGCGAGUCAAGCAAGGCCAGCUUCAGGGUCUCCCAAGGAAUGCUCAGUGCUGAGUGCUGAUGCAGCAAGCGCCAGAUACACGGUUCUCCGCUCUAGUGACCACUCGGGUGCAGCAAGCCGCAUCUUCACCCUCCCUGCUGAAAUCCCCUUCACCACAUCUGCAGAUCCUCGAACUCUGGCCAUACGUUCAUGUCUUCCUACAGUCGUCGAGUCCGUCACCACCUCCGCAACAGUCGACAUGGAGCCUGUGCCUGAGAUGGAAAGCCUGGAGCAGUUCCGGUCAUCUCCAGUUCCAUCACUUCGGCUCCAGAGCCCUCCUACUCUCCAUUCUCUUGAUACUGAACCACUGAAGAAACCCCCUACAAUCCGCCGCUCCACCGAUCCCAACCCUUCGUCGCCGAACUCUCCCACCUGGGGCGUAUCGCCAGCGAUGCCUUAUCGUCCUCGAACAACUUCACCGCUAUCGGGCUUUCAUCAGAGGUCGAGGUCGGCCGUCUCUCUUGCUCCACAAAUGUCCCGCGCCCAGUCCCUACCUGGCGUAAGCGGCUCAGGGCACAUCCUCUAUACUCCACAGCUGCGUCCUUCGAGCCCGUCUGGGUCUCCUAGUCGUGUUCGAGUCGCUCGCAAGCCUGUCGACGAAGCUUUCCCGACCUCUCCUGUUCGCUCUUCCGUCUUGGACCACGAUCGUACACUGCCAGAACGGAGCCUAUCCCCCGUUCUCGGUAGUGUUUCAUCAUCCUCAGCGACUUCGAUGGCCAGUGCUGCCAGCCGAUACCGGCGGCCCUCCUCGCCACUCCGUUACAAUGGGCAUUCGGCCACUACCUCCGUGCCCAUGCUUCCAUCCACGCCGUCAUCCUCCUCUUCCUCCCCCUUGGGUCGGGCCUACGAGAUUUCGCAUAAUAGCUAUAGCACGCUCACGCCAUUUCCAUCUUCGUCCGUCCCUUCUACACCCACGUCCACUCGAUCGAGGAGCCCCAGCAUCUCGAGCCUAGAGACAAUUCCCGACUCGCCAGACGCUGAAGAAGCCGCCAUGGAAGCCGAGAGGAUUGCACAGCUGAAGGCUGAUGCUGAAGCUGCCGAAGAAGGCUCCGACACGGCCGAUGGCAAGGGACGGAGCAGUCUUGAUGUACCAACACGUGGCAGGACGCUUGGUUUUGGAUCUCGUGACAAGAGGAAGCGCUGGAGCGUUUGUGGUGCAGAGAGGAGAGGCGAUCUCGAUCUGGAAACGAUUUGGGAGGAUUAG